AUGGACAAUUUUCCACCGGAAGUGCAGCAUAUUUUGGCACCCGCCUUCGACAUUCUUUCGGCCACGCAACUUACUCAAAUGGCCGAUCGGCUUAUGGAGAUGCACGGUUUUUCCAAGCCGUCUAUUUCAGUACUCUCAACCCCCUCAACUCCUCCUGCGUCUCCCGUUUCGCAGUUGGAGAUCGAGCUCAACAAGCUGGCCGAUGAUGUAGCCGCCCUCCAGAAGCCCACAGUUUGUACCUCAACUCGGAGCCAACCGAAGCCGUCCACCCCGCAUGUCCAGUCUUCACAUCCAGCCCGUCCAAACGCAGCUGCCACCUGCUGGUACCACACCACCUUCGGUGCUAAAUCCCCUCGAUGCAUCUCUCAUUGCUCCUUCACUUUCAAGCAGAGCAAACGGGUAAAACCGGUCAACCCGGAGGUUUGUGCAGCCAAUCUUUCCGGCAGCUCUAACCCUGGUCACACAUUUUACGUCCGCGACACCAGGAGUGGCAGACGUUUCUUGGUUGACACUGGUGCCCAGGUAAGUGUCAUUCCAGCCACACCAGCUGAUCGUCGGUCCCCCAAUCCCCGUCUUUUCCUACAAGCUGUCAACACAUCGCCGAUUACCACAUUUGGCACCCGCUCCCUCUCCCUGGACGUCGGUCUUCGGCGUCUCUUCACUUGGAUCUUCGUCGUUGCUGACAUCCCCUGUGCAAUUCUCGGUGCAGAUUUCCUCGCUGCUUUCGAUCUUCUGGUCGACUGCCGUCAGUCACGUCUACACGACAAGACCACCAAACUCACUGUCCGGGGUAUCUCUUCCUCCGACGUCUCCCGUCAUCUUGCCGUCUUGGACCCUGAACCCGAGAAUCCAUUUCGGCAACUCCUCGCCAAAUAUCCAGGCCUCACUCGUCCCAACUUCAACGUUUCUAUUCCACCACAUGACGUUGUUCACCACAUUCGGACCACCGGCCCUCCCGUGUUUUCUCGUCCCCGCCGUCUCGCGCCGACACGUCUUGCUGCCGCCAAGGCCGAAUUCGAGCACAUGCUUCAAAUGGGCAUCAUCCGUCAGUCUGAAAGCCCAUGGGCCUCACCCCUCCACAUGGUUCCAAAGGCCGCCACUGGUGACUGGCGCCCCUGCGGUGAUUACAGGGUCCUGAAUAACGUUACUGUCCCGGACCGCUACCCUGUCCCACAUCUUCAGGAUUUUUCCGGUGCCCUAUUCGGCAAGUCUGUAUUCUCGAAGAUCGAUCUGGUCUGUGCUUUCCACCAAAUUUCCAUAGCCCCAGAGGACGUUUCGAAGACGGCCGUUACCACCCCCUUCGGUCUCUUUGAGUUCCUGCGCAUGCCGUUUGGACUUCGCAACGCCUCCCAGACCUUCCAAAGGUUCGUAGACAGAGUGCUUCGCGGCCUACCGUUUGUCUACGCCUAUAUCGACGACCUUCUGGUAGCCAGCUCCACCGCCGAAGAACACAUGGAGCAUCUGGCAACGGUGCAUGACCGCCUUCAACAAUUUGGCGUUGUUCUCAACCCGUCCAAGUGCGUCUUCGGUGUGCCCUCCCUAGAAUUUCUCGGUCAUCUGGUCGACUCCCACGGCAUUCGGCCUCUUCCCUCAAAGGUUGCCGCCAUUCGGGACUUUCUUCCUCCCACUUCCAAGCGUCAGUUACAGCGAUUCCUCUGCAUGGUCAAUUUUUACCGUCGGUUCCUACCGAACUGUGCUGACCUCAUACUACCGCUCACCAACAUGCUUUCUGGUCCGAAAGGUCCCCUCGAGCUGACUGGUGAAGCGUUGACUGCUUUUGAGAGAAUCAAGAAUUCCCUUGCUGAUGCCACUUUACUCACACAUCCAGCUCCCGAAGCUCAGCUGUCUCUGAUGGUAGAUGCUUCGACCGUAGCCGUAGGUGCAGUCCUUCAACAACACCUUGCUGGUUCGACUCAACCACUUGCCUUUUUCUCCAAAAAGCUCUUACCAGCUGAGACACGCUACAGUACCUUUGGCCGUGAACUACUUGCCAUUUACCUGGCUGUGAAGCAUUUCCGGCAUUCCCUUGAAGGUCGUGACUUCACCGUUUUCACUGACCACAAACCGUUAACUUUUGCACUUCGUUCCCACACUGACAAACUCAACCCCCGUGAAAUCCGCCAACUAGACUACAUCUCCCAGUUUACCUCAGAUAUCCGCCACAUCGAUGGGUCACGGAAUGAGGUGGCUGACGCACUCUCAAGGCCCUCUGUUGCUCAUCUCCAACUUUCUCCCGGGAUCGACCUAGCUGAGAUGGCCGCUGAACAGCGCCGUGUCGGUCCACCGUGUGAUGAGAAUGUUUCUGGACUCCAUCUUCAGGAACUACCACUGACAACUGGCAACAGCACCAUCUUAGGCGACGUAUCCACCCCUUCCCAUCGUUCAUUUGUUCCCCCAUCUCUCCGCCGCAAAGUUUUCUCCUCCCUGCACAAUCUGUCUCACCCUGGGAGUCGAGCAACCGACAAGCUGGUUUCCGACCGCUUCGUCUGGCCUGGGAUGCACAAAGACCUGAAAGCAUGGACACGGGCUUGUAUCGCCUGUCAACGGAGUAAGAUCCAGCGGCACAACAAGGCCCCCAUUGGCACCUUCCAUGGCCCUGGUGCAAGGUUCAGCCACGUUCACCUGGACAUUGUAGGCCCCCUGCCUCUGUCCAAUGGUUGUUCCUAUCUCCUCACCUGUGUGGAUCGGUUUACUCCGUGGCCUGAAGCAAUUCCUCUGCCUGACAUUGCUGCUCCAACGGUGGUCAAGGCUUUUCUCAGUCGUUGGGUUGCUAUCUUUGGUGCACCCUCCACAAUCACGACUGACCGUGGUGCCGGUUUGAGUCUAACCUCUUCCAGUCUUUUCUCUCCUUUUUAGGCUGUACUCGCAUCCGCACUACAGCCUAUCAUCCGGCAGCCAACGGGAUGGUCGAGCGGUUUCACCGCCAGCUGAAGGCCUCCCUACGCGCCGCGGCUGAUCCGGAGAACUGGACGGACCACCUUCCCCUGGUCCUCUUGGGCAUCCGCUCCGCUCUGAAGCCGGACCUUGAUUGUUCCGCAGCUGAACUGGUGUUCGGCUCCACCGUCCGACACCCCGGUGAGAUGAUCUCGCCAACCACUCAAGGUGCAGUUGAGGAUCCUACCAACCUCCUGCAUCGCCUCAGGCAGUUUAUGAAGACACUUGCUUCGGCUCCUCCCAGGUCCUCCGCCUCUCCGUCUUAUCUCGAGAAGAACUUGGCAACGUGCUCUCAUGUCUACCUUCAAUGUGAUCGAGUCCGCCGACCUCUGAAACCGCCCUAUGACGGCCCAUUUCGGGUGCUCUCUCGCGGGCCGAAGACUUUCCGCUUUCAGCACGACCAUCGUGAAGAGGUCGUGAGUGUGGACCGCCUCAAGGCUGCCGUCCCUGAUACUCCUCCGGAUGAGCCCUGUGGUCCUCUACCUUCUGCUUCCCCCCAUUCAGCCUCUAUUCCACCGUCCCGUAUAUUUCCUCUGCCCCCAUGUCCGCAACCCACAACUGCAACUACUCCUUCAUCAACCAGCAACACUGUAACAGCGAGCCAUACUCACUCUACUCCUGUGCCCCCUGUAUAUAUCACCCGUAAUGGACGCCAUGUUCAUUUUCCUGACCGUUUGAUUACUCAUGUUUUUUAGACACCAGCAACUCUUUCGGCGCCGCUACGCGCCACCUUCGGUCUAGCCUGGGGGUACUGUGGCAGUCCGCGUCUCCUCGCCCUCCGCCUUUGUCACGCUGCCGUUCUGUCCGCCUCACACUCUGAGUCGAUACGCUGCUGGGACGCCCGAGCGCUCGAAGCCAAUCAACGCUGUCCCCACUCUGAUUGGCUGGCGGACGUGGCGACAUCGAGGGGCGCACACACGCGCUGA